AUGUCUGUUCUUGAUUUUUCGCGGAGGUCAGUUGUUCCGGCUGUUGAAUAUGGUUUUGCGGCAGUUGUUGUUGAUGGAGUUGUUCUUGAUUAUUCCACGGGAGCAGUUGUUCUGGCUGAUGAAUAUGGUUUUGCGGCAGAUGUUUUUGCCGGAACGGUUCCUGAUUAUUCAACCGCGGCAGUUGUUGUUGAGGCCGAUGAAUGUGGUUUAGCGGCGGUUAUUUUCGGCGGAGCUGUUCUUGAUUAUUCCACAACGGCAGUUGUUCAGGCUGAUGAUUAUGGUUUUCCGCUAGUUGUUGUUGCCGGAUCUGUUCUUGAUUAUUCCACGGCGCCAAAUAUUCAGGUUGAUGAAUAUGAUUUUGCGGCAGUUGUUGUUGCCGGCGUUGUUCCUGAUUAUUCCACCGCGGCAGCUGUUGUCGUUAAGGCUGAUGAAUAUGGUUUACCGACGUUUGUUGUUGCCGGAGUUGUUCUUGAUUUUUCCACGGCGGCGGUUGUUCAGGCUGAUGAAUAUGGUUUUGUGGCAGUUGUUGUUGCCGGAGCUGUUCUUGAUUAUUCCACGGCAGCAGUUGUUUUGGCUGAUGAUUAUGGUUUUGCGGCAGAUGUUGUUGCCGGAGCGGUUCCUGAUUAUUCCACCGUGACAGUUGUUGUUGAGGCUGACGAAUAUUGUUUAGCGGCGGUUAUUUUCGUCGGAGUUGUUCUUGAUUAUUCCACAACGGCAAUUGUUCAGGCUGAUGAUUAUGGUUUUGCGCCAAUUGUUGUUGACGGAUCUGUUCUUGAUUAUUCCACGACGCCGAUUAUGCAGGCUGACGAAUAUGUUUUUGCGGUAGUUGUUGUUGCCGGCGCUGUUCCUGAUUGUUCCACCGCAACAGCUGUUGUCGUUAAGGCUGAUGAAUAUGGUUUACCAGCGUUUGUUGUUGCCGGAGUUGUUCUCGAUUUUUCCACGGCGGCUGUUGUUCAGGCUGAUGAAUAUGGUUUUGCGGCAGAUAUUGUUGCCGGAGCGGUUCCUGAUUAUUCCACCGCGGCAGUUGUUGUUGAGGCUGAUGAAUAUAGUUUAGCGGCGGUUAUUGUUGGCGGAGCUGUUCUUGAUUAUUCCAAAACGGCAGUUUUUCAGGCUGAUGAUUAUGGUUUUGCGCCAGUUGUUGUUGCCGGAUCUGUUCUUGAUUAUUCCACGGCGCCAAUUAUUCAGGCUGAUGAAUAUUAUGCUGGAGGGAAGAAAGUUGGAGGGGUGACCACUGGAAAUCGAUAUGACAUUUUGGAGCAAGAUGAUACCGUUAAGGCAGAUUCGCUAUUGACUCCGAUUCAGGCUACGGCUAAGACUAAUAAUUUGGACAAGGCCAAUGAGGGGGAUAGACUUACCCCAGCCCCACUAUCAAGUAAUAAUAUACAUUUUAACUAUGUCACGCUCAAAGAUGGGGCAGCCACUCGUACGGAUGAAGAGCUGCUGUCCAAUUUGGAGAUUCAUUAUGUUGAUAAAGGAUCACGGUCAGAUGGUCAACAACAAGAUGAAGAAGAAGAAGAAGAUACAGAUGAAUCGGAUGAAGAACAAAUUAAUGGUUUAAACAACACCGCCGACGAGAAUGUAGGACCGGUGGCGGAAGUUGUCAAAGCUCCAAAACAUAAACGCAAAUCUCCCCCCAAGGUCAAACGAGGACCAGGUCGCCCUCGGAAGGAACGUGUCGAUGAGGAUCCACCCAAUACCAUUAGACCACAAAUCUUAGUUCUUCUUGAACCAAAACAACACUUUUCUAAAAUUGCGAGAGUUGCUCAAAAAAUCGGAUUCAAGAAUUAUCUCUGUGGUGAUUCCAUCAAUCCUUAUAUUUGGGUCUUUUGGAGGGAUGAGGUGAUUCUUCAAUUGAUAGACAUUCAUGAUCAAUGCAUCACGGUGGAGGUUUGCUUGCCAAAUUUUUUCACUGGAAAGUUGUCUUUUAUUUACGCCAAGUGCAAUCGUGUGGAGAGAGUUCCACUAUGGGAGUAUCUCACAGCGUUUAGUAAUACUUUAGCGGAACCAUGGAUUUUAGGUGGCGAUUUCAACGUCAUUAAAACCCUAGAAGAAAAGAAAGGAGGGUCUAAUACUCAUUUUCUUGGGAUGCAGGAAUUUAAUGAAUUUCUUGUUGCAGCCGGUUUAACUGAUGCAGGUUUUGUGGGAAAUAUGUUUACGUGGAGCAACAACCAACGGGGACGGAAUUGCAUUUGGCAGAGAAUCGACAGAAUGUUAUUGAAUGCUGAGGCUAUAGCUUCUUGUUCCAUUAUGGUCACUCACUUACCUCGUAUAGUGUCGGACCACUCUCCUCUGAUCACUAAGUUUGGAAAAAUGCAGCCACGUAAAUCUCGAUUUUACUUUCAAAAAGUGUGGUUGGAGCACCAAGAAUUCGAUACAUUUGUUUCUUCCACUUGGCAGCAAGCGAGCGUCGUUGGGAAACAUACUUUUGAGGGGAAACUAGGCUAUCUACGUUCGGCUCUUAAAGAGUGGAACUGGGGCACAUUUGGUAAGAUUGAGGAUAAUAUAAGUGCCAUGCAAGCUAGGAUCGAGGAAUUGGAGCAACGCCUAGCUCACGACUGGAAUGAGGGCCUGCUCCUUGAGUGUCAAAAGGUUAAAGAAGACCUCAAACAACAAUUAAAGUGGGAACACGAGAUGUUAGCUAGUAAAGCCCGAAUUAAAUGGAUUGAGGAUGGAGAUCGCAACACUCGGUAUUUUCAUGCCAGUAUUAAGGAACGAAGAAAGAAAAACAUAAUUUCUCUUAAACAAGAGGAUGGCACAUUCACAUCAGACGGUCGGAUUAUUGGAGAAAAGACAGUGGAGUAUUUUUCGGAACUGUUUCACGCAUCCCCAUAUCAUCUGGAUUCUGAUCUUUUCUCAAACGUUGAGGCCAGGGUUACUUCCGAUAUGAACUUACGGCUGAUCGCGAUUCCAGACGAGGCAGAAGUGUUACAAGCCAUUAAAGAAUUAUCGCCAGAUAGUGCUCCGGGUCAAGAUGGAUUUACCGGCUAUUUUUAUUCUUAUUGUUGGCACAUAAUAAAGAACGAUCUUAUGCAGACCAUUACCGGAUUUUUUUGUGGCGAUCAUCUCUCCAAAGAGCAGACGGGGUUUCUUAAAGAUCGAAGUAUCCAUGAAUCGAUAGCCAUUGCUCAGGAGUUGGUUUCCGAUAUCGAUAGAAAAGUCGAGGGUGGUAAUUUAAUUUUCAAAUUUGAUAUGUCGAAAGCUUAUGACAGGCUAGAAUGGAGAUUCCUUCUCAAGGCUAUGCAAGCUCUCGGUUUUUCGCAUCAGGUUCAAAAUCGUUUGACUGGGUGGCAGACGAAAUUUCUAUCGUUUGGUGGCAGGAUUACGUUGGUCCAAUCGGUGUUGAGUAGUCUUCCAACUCAUACCUUAUCCUCUACUGUGGUGCCAUCUCAAACACUAAUUCGUAUGGAAAGACUCUUUCGGAAAUUUUUAUGGGGCAAAAUUGAGGGCCCAGGUAUUAAUUGGGUAAGUUGGGAGAAAAUUUGUCGUCCUAAGGCAGAGGGUGGUCUUGGAUUUAGAUCGUUGAUUGAUAUGAAAAAUAUACUGGCAGCCAAGUUGGCGUGGAGAGUUCUGGAGGGUAAGUCUUUGUGGGCUAGGUUUGCUAGAGCAAAAUAUGGCGAUAAGUUCUCGACUCCGGCUCCUUUACAUUCCACCAUUAUUUGGAGGAAUCUUCACGUUCACUUUCAAAUAUUGGAUAGCCAUUGUCGUUGGAUAGUCGGUAAGGGGCAUAUUGAUUUUUGGAGGGAUCGGUGGUGUGAGGGUGAUGCGAAGUUACAGCCUGAUCUUUAUAAAUCCUUUCUCACUAAUGAACAACAACAACUAUUCGAUUUGAUCUUGAUGGAUGAUUCCUCUCAAGAUCAAUUAAUUUUCACAGAGUCUUUGUCCGAGAAAUUUAGUGUGGCAGCUUAUUGGGAGCUUAUUCGCACAAAAUGUCCGGUCGUCAGAUUCACGAAGAAUUUAUGGCACCCAAAAAUUCCGUUGAAUAUUGGAGCCUUUUUCUGGAUACUAUCGUAUGGGGCAAUUCCGGUGGACUUGGCUCUUCGCAAACGAGGUUGUACUUCUCCUUCUAAAUGUCGGUGUUGUGCUUCUCCGCAUCAAGAAUGCCUGACUCAUCUAUUUGCGCAAUCCGAAGUAGCUCAGGGGGUGUGGAAAUACUAUGCCAUGAUUUGGCAUAAACCAUACACCUAUGGGUCCAUGCAACAACUUGUGCACACUUGGACUGAUGGGCAUAGUGUUAAUACGCAAGAUGGAAUGACAGCUUUGGGGAUUAUAAUGUUCGGGUGUUGGGAGAUUUGGAAGAGCCGUUGUUGUGCUAUAUUUGAGGAUACUCCUAUGAACACCGUAACUAUUAUUCGGAAUAUGGCACCUUAUCUUACAGCCUAA